UUGUUCUGCAGUGUGUCAAUGGCACCCUGAAUCUUUCUUUUUCUGUCACUAAUACGCGAUGUCUAAUAGUACUUUCACAGGGCUGCCUAGUAAUUUAGCUUUUAGUGAAGCAAGUCCAGAAUGGAUGAACAAAGCUGACAAUGCAUGGCAGCUUAUUGCUGCAACUCUAGUCGGGUUGCAGAGCGUGCCCGGGCUUAUUAUUUUGUAUGGAGGUGCUGUCAAGAAGAAAUGGGCUGUAAAUUCUGCUUUUAUGGCGCUAUAUGCAUUUGCUGCCGUUCUUGUUUGUUGGGUAUGUUGGGGUUAUAGAUUAUCUUUCGGUGACAAGCUUAUUCCCAUCUGGGGAAAACUUGAUGUUGCUCUGGAGCAAAAGUAUCUCCUUAAACAAGCAUUUUCAGGGCUAUUUCCUAAUGCUACCAUGGUGUUUUUCCAGUUUGUUUUCGCAGCUAUUACUUUGAUUUUGAUAGCUGGGGCUUUGUUGGGACGUAUGAACUUUCAUGCAUGGAUGUUGUUUGUUCCGUUGUGGUUAACGUUUUCAUACACUUUUGUAGCGUUUUCAAUCUGGUCACUUGAAGGUUGGUUGGCAACUAUGGGAAUCAUCGACUAUUCAGGUGGCUAUGUCAUUCAUUUGUCUUCUGGAGUGGCAGGUUUCACAGCUGCGUAUUGGGUAGGUCCGAGGCUAACGAAAGACAGGGAAAGAUUUCCCCCAAACAACAUCAUUCUUAUGUUGGCAGGAGCAGGCCUGUUGUGGAUGGGCUGGACGGGGUUCAAUGGAGGAGAUCCUUACAGCGCGAGCACUGAUGCUGCUUUGGCUGUUCUGAACACCCAUGUUUGUGCUGCCACAAGCUUGUUAACUUGGCUCAUACUUGAUAUGUCAUUUUUCGGGAAAGCAUCUGUUAUUGGCGCUGUUCAAGGCAUGAUCACCGGCUUAGUUGCCAUCACUCCUGCAGCUGGGGUUGUGCAAGGAUGGGCUGCAAUUGUGAUGGGACUCUGCUCCGGCUCUAUACCUUGGUUCACAAUGAUGGUUGUGCACAAAAGAUCAGGGCUUCUACAGAAAGUUGAUGACACCAUGGCGGUGUUUCACACACACGCGAUUGCUGGAUGUCUGGGAGGAAUCCUCACCGGUCUCUUUGCAGAUCCUCAUUUGUGCUAUUUGUUCUAUGGAAGCUAUAAACAAUACGUAGGCCUAUUCUAUGGCUUCCAAAGCGGACUUACCCAUGACGGGAUAAGGCAGAUUGGAAUCCAGCUUCUUGGCAUUUUAUUCGUCGUUGGAGUUAAUGUUAUAAUUACAAGCAUUGUAUGCCUAGUCAUUCAGCUCAUAGUUCCUCUGAGGAUGUCCGACGAAGAUAUGGAAAUAGGAGACGAAGCUGCUCAUGGCGAAGAAGCUUAUGCUAUAUGGGGACAAGGAGACAGGCUUCAUGAGAAUUCCAGGUUUUCGACUUACAAUGAUCUGGAAGAUCCAGAGAAGAAGGUCAAGGCAGGAGGUAAUGUUGAAAUGAUGUGAAGCUGCAUUUGGUCUGGUUUAUCAUGUGUUUGAAUGUAAUGUUUGUAUUGCUUAGUUGGUUUUCUUAUAGUUUAUGUAGACACCAUGAAUGUGUGGCAAAGAACAUUAAUAAAAUUGUAGGAAGGCUGUUAUGCAAGACCACACUAAGAGUUAAUAAAAACUUUCAUGUACUUC